AUGCUCUCCGAUUCUCGAUCGGUCCUCCCAGGCCUCUACAAAAAUCGACGAUCUCACUUCAGGCUUACUUCUUCUCCGGAAUUCUCCAAGCGAUUCUUCAAGAAAUCAAAAUCGUUCAUCCAAUUUCCCAAUUCGCUAAAUCACUUCUCGCUUUCUGUGACCUUUAUUGCUGUCUUACAUUGUGUCGCACUGUCGCUGUCUCCGCCUGGUCUCACUCUCGAGUCUGAAGUCUCGCCAUCAGCCAUCGCCAUUCGCCAAGUCUUGAAGUCGCCAUUUACAGAAAAUAGAAAAUCAGAAAUCAGGUUCUCAAGAAAAGCCCUGAUAAGGGGUUACCAAAGAAGCUUUAAUGGAUUUGCUGCCUAUCUCUCCCAAGAAGAAAAACGAAAGUUGGCUGGUUAUGAAGGGAUCGUCUCCGUAUUCCCAUGUCAAAAGUUGCACCUCCAGACAACGAGGUCGUGGGACUUUAUUGGAUUUCCAAUAACAAUUGAACGAAGUCCCAUUGGUGAGAGCAACUCGAUUAUUGGUGUCAUAGACAGUGGAAUAUGGCCAGAUUCGGAGAGCUUCAGUGAUGAAGGCCUCCGACCAAUUCCCGAAAAGUGGAAAGGGGAGUGUCGUGGUGGCACAAAUUUCACUUGCAACAGGAUUCAUAUAUACAACAUUGAUGAAUUGAAUUUAUGUGCUCUACCUUACCAUGAUACACAGGUUUUUGUCCGGAUUGUGCAACUUAUUGACACAUGCCAGAUGGGCCAUCGAUGUAUGGUGAAUGAGUUACAGAGAUUUCCUGUUCUCAGAAAGAGAAUGGAUGAUGUCAUAGGGAAUUUUUUAAGUGAUGGUCUUCAGCCUUCUGAAACCAUGAUUGGGCACAUAGUUGAAAUGGAGAUGGAUUACAUAAACACAUCACACCCGAAUUUUGUGUGUGGGAGUAAAGUGGUGGAGGUUACCUUGCAGCAAGUGAAAUCCUCUAAGCUUGCAACAACAGUGUCGAGGCAAAAGGAUGGAGUUGAGUCUGAAAAAGCUCCACAAUCUGAAAGGGGUAUAAAGUCACGUGCAAUUCUUUCUAGGUCUGUUAAUGGAAUUGUCAUAGAACAGCUUUCCAAUGGCAAAAUAAUAUCACGUUCUGUUCUUCUUUCUGCCUUUGAAACUGCAAGAGAUGCUGGAGCUAGCCCUUACAUGAACCUAAGAACAAAAUGGAGAAGUGAGUUGAAGAUGGAGAAGUGA